UGGUAGAGUACAGUAGGUAGCUGCUGUCUACACGAACAAGUCACUAUUUUUGAAGCACUUUGACAAAUUGACGCGGUACCUUACUGGAUAUCAGUCGCUAUCUACGUGUCCAACAAGAUAUAUCACGCGUUAUCAACCCAGCACAAAACUAGCCAGCUCCAAACAAGUGUAGAUAAGGUUAUAUGGCACCGAGCAGCUAGCUGUUUUUUUAUUUUAUUUUAAUAACCGUUUGACAUCAGGAAAGUGUGUGACAACUGUACAGGCUAACGUUCUUUUCCUCCCACCGGUCGACGCUUUAAAGAUCGAAAAGCUAGCAAGAACUUUGCUCGUUAGUUUGGAAACUUGCCAUUCGCGUUAACACCAGCCAACCUGUGUAUGUUUUAUUAUAUUUUUUAAAGCUUUUUUUCCCCCAACAGCAGAGCUUUCGAUUUUUUAAUUUUAUUUUAAAGAGACGUUCGCUUGGUUUUUACUCAAAUUCGCCUUUUUCGUCGAAGACGCAACCAAAGAACGACGAUAUUAAUCCAGAAAAUUGGUUCACAGGGAGCAAAGUAAUCCUAGCUGAUCAGAGGUGCCUUGACAAGCCAGCUAUCAUCAAACCCUUCCUUUGAACAUCGACUAAACGAGCAUAAAACACGGCUCCAAUUUGGACUUGAACGGAGCAUUUGGUCAUUUAAGACCCCUGUUUUUUAAUAAAAAGAAACUUUAAAAAAUACCAAGCCGUGCACGACGGGACCUAGCUGUUUAACGUCUUUUAAAAUAACCGACAUAACAGCUAAACAGCUCCAGGGGAGAGAGCAGCAGGACCUGAGGAAGGUUGGGUACAGUCACGGAAUCCCUUAUUGAACCGAAAUAUUAUCGGUGUUAUUGUUGAAAAUGGCGGCGAUCGAAUUGGUGCAGAUGUUGAUCGAAGCAGCCGAGUAUCUCGAUCGUAGGGAACGAGAAGCUGAACACGGCUAUGCCUCCAUGCCACCCUUCAUCAGCAGCAGAGAGAGGGAAAGCUUGAAAAGGAAAAGCAAAAGCAAGAAAAACACAAGUAGCAGGUCUACGCACAACGAAAUGGAAAAGAACAGGCGGGCACAUUUACGGCUGUGCCUGGAGCGCUUGAAAUCGCUGGUUCCGCUGGGACCGGACGCCAACAGGCACACCACCCUCAGCCUGCUGAUGAAGGCCAAAGAUCACAUCAAGAGGCUGGAGGAGAGCGACCGGAGGGCGCAGCACACCCUGGAGCAGCUGCAGCGGGAGCAGAGGCACCUGAGGAGGCGUCUGGAGCAGCUGGGGGUGGAGAGGACCCGCAUGGACAGCACCGGCUCCACCCGCUCCUCCGACAAGUCCGACUCCGACCAGGAGGACCUGGACGUGGACGUGGAGGGGACAGACUACCUGCUGGGCGACCUGGAGUGGAGCACCAGCAGCGUGAGCGACUCAGGGGACGAGCGCGGCAGCCUGCGCAGCAGCUGCAGCGACGAGGGCUACGCCAGCGCCAGCCUGCAGCGCCUGCAGGACACUCAGGAGAGGGCCAAGCAGCUGGGCUGCAGCCUAUAAAGCGCCGGCCGCCCGUCACACCUCCUCCCUCCCUCCCUGACCGGGUCAGAGGCGUCCACACCCACAGCCGCCAGUCUUAAGGGUGUCCCCCCACUCGGCCCCUGGCCAAUCGAACGAGUGGGGCUUGAAAAAAAAAAAACACUCCCGACCCCGACCCUCUCCGUCCUUCCAAAAAAACCUCAACUUUCAGCCGGAGAAUGUUACCACACAAUGUCCCACUGCCUCUUUUUCUACGCCCGCAGAGCCGUGGGGAAGCACUUCUGAGAUUCCACAACACCUCUGCCGCACACACACCCCGGGAACACACACACACCCCUUCCACGGCCCCGUGCUGACCGUCAGGCUCCCUUCAGAGAAAAAAAAAAGUUAUUUUGGUAAACGGCUUUUUAAACGGCGUCUUUUCCGAAGGGCCCCCAGCGGCAUUAAAGCUGCCAGCUGAAGUGAAUGUUUGUGAAACACGUCGGUCCGCGGACGUCUGCGGACGCUAAACCAGAUUUGUGGCGUUAAACUUUUCGGGGGGCGGACAGCAAUACAUCCCUCAGAAGCCCCAGCUUUCAUGUCCACGCCUGCCCAUGACCAUGAAAAGCAAACAAAAAAAAAAACACACACACACACACAAAAAAAAAAAAACCUGCCGCAUGAGAUUUUGUACGGGGUUUGGGGUUGUCGUGGGGUUUUUUUUGGGGGGGGGGGUUGACGUUUUCCUGCCUCUCUCUCUGAUGACUGUGGCGUUUUUACAGCAUCUCCUCCCCGUGUGUGUGUUUGUGGUGUCCAGACGGGCCGAGAGCAGGUUGAGUCUGUCAGGUGCUGUACACUGCCCCCCCCCCCCCACUGCCCCGUUGAGCAGGUGUUAGCAGGGAGGGGCCGGCCGAUCUACCUAUAGCAGUCCAGAGACUAGAGCACAUUCCAGGGUGUAGAGAAGACAAGCGGCCAGACAGAGCAUUAUUUUUGAAAGCGGGUGUUCCUGCGGGGGGGGGGUUAGUCUGGGAGCAGAAUUCCUGUCCUGUGUUCACGUCAAAAAAAAAAGAAAAGCACUAAAAUGUUUAAAAAAAACACAGAUUUUCUCUCCCUUGCCUUCAUAUAGUAGCUAUUUAUUGUUUCUGGAGAAAAAUACACCCUUUGCUGUAAAUAGUUUUCAAACAGAUCUAUGUCUAUUGGCAAAUGUAUUUAUUAGAUAUACUGAAUAUAUAGAUGAAUAUAUAAAGAUAUAUUUAGUCAUAGCUUAUGUACUUCUUGUGAGGUUUAUGGAGAGUUUUAUCAUAUGUAGUUUGUUUGCACAGCCCAUGAAAUCUAUAAAGUAUUUAGAAAUGUCUGUUGUGCCUCGAGACGUUUUGUGGUUGUUGAAGUCUUAUUAGCUAUUUAAAAAGCGGUUUUUGCCCCCGUUAUCGGAGGGACGGUGGGACGACGGUAGAAAAAAAACAAAAAAGAAGGAAGAAUAAGAAAUAAAUCAGAAAAAAAAAAAGCGGUAAAACCUGAGAGGGGGCUGGCGGCGGGCUGAUGAAUGUAAAUCUGAAGCAGCUCGGUGCCAAAGCAACAAAGCAAAGCUCCCCAGUCCUGGAACAAAAACAAACAAAAAAAAACAAAAAAACUAAAGACAAAACUACAAAAAACAGGUAUACGGUUGUUUAGUCUUUGAGUGUGGCAUGCUGCUUCUUUUCGUCAUGGUGAAGGUAGCCGUGCUUCCAGGGAAAACGCCGUGAGGCGGAGGUGUGCGUGGGCGGGCGUGUUGACUGAAAACGCCAUCUGUCGGUGCGCGUGUGUGUGUGUGUGUGUGUAUGCGUUUAAUUUCGUCACUGUCUUCAGAGAGAAAUUCAUAGGGUGGUAGUGGGUGGGGUUUUAAAGAAAUGUAUGGUUAUUUCUGUUUCCUGUAUGUUUAAAAAAAAUGCCAAAAAAAUAGGAAAAGUUGAGUUCACUUAAGCAUUAAUGUCCAAGGGAGUCUUAUGUUUCCCGCCUUUUGUCCCCCACACAUCACCCAAAUGCGCCCUUGUGCUGGCCAGGUGGUCAUCAGAGCCCCCU